AUGGAAGAGAAGUGCAAAUUACAUUAGAAAGACAUCACUCAUAUAGAUAGUUGCAUACAUCCUGAUUGUUUUAAAUAUAAAAGAUUGUGUCCCGAUUGCAUAGUGAAUCACGAAAGCAGACAUAAGAAGAAUUAAAUAUAUUAGAAUAGCCAGUUCACAAUAACAAUAUAGGAAUGUAAAUAAUAGGUAGAGAAGAAUUUGAAUACUGUGAAGGAAGAGCUUGAAUUAGCAGAGAAUAGGGCUGCAAAUGCAUUAAUAACAUCAGUGAAUAGCAACAUUGAUGAAAUCAUCUUAGAAAUAGAAUCAAUAAGACAAUAGAUUCAUAAAUUGUUUGACAAAUACAUUCAAGGAUUGAGGGAUAAAUUUGAAUAUAAAGUAAAGCAGAGUAUUCAUGCUUUGUAUGAUAUAAUCUAAGGUUAAUUGACACAGAUUAGACAAUUUUAGAAUGAUAUCAAUUCAAUUGAUACUCAAAAGAAAGUGAUGUCUACAGAUUUGGAUUACUAAGUGUAAUAUCAGAAGAAUAGAUUGGAAUCUCUUAUUUAUUAAAGAGCCAAUCAGAAGUUCUAUGGUAGAAUAGAUGACGAUGUGGCCUUACAUUUUAUUGGAGUGAUUUAGAAAGAGUUAGAAUAAUUAGUUAUAUAUGAGAAAAACAAGUUAAGUUCAUAAAUUGAGAGCCUUAAUCAAAUGACUAUUAAGGCACAAUAAACCAAAUAAAAAUCAAUUAAGAAUUUUCAAAAGUUUUUAAGUUAUGCCCCUGAGAAACUAGAUGAAAUGAAAAAUACAAUGUAGGGUCCUUAAGAAUAUUCAUUCUAUAGAUCAUGGUUGCAUUAUUUCGAGCCUGGAACCAAAUUCUUAUAUUAUUUAGAUUUGAAACAACAAAAUCCACAAAUCACAAAAAUUGAAUUAGAAAUCAAUUUUCUUAUCACUUAAGGAAGCAGGUCUAUUUUAGCUUCAGAUGGUCAAAUAUAUUAUUUUUCAGGAUAUGAUAAUGGGUUUAAUGAGGAUGAAAAUAAGACAAUUUACUAAUAUGAUCAUCCAUAAUUAACCUUCAUCAAAAAGAGUAGAAUGUAUACUCUAAGAAAGAACUUUUCGUUAUCUUGUACAGUUGAUAAAGAUAUAUUUAUUAUUGGAGGUUAAAAUUAUAAAGAAGGGUGUUUGGCAAAAUGUGAAAAAUAUAAUAUAAAUACAAAUCAAAUUACAUUAAUUAAUCAUCUAACAGAAUUGUCAACAUUGCAUUCAUCAUGUACAUAUAAUAAUAAAUUGAUUGUUAAGUUUGGUGGGUUGAUUGCCAAUACUGAAGGAGAAGACCUAAAAAAAUAAUGUUCAGGAUUGUUAGAAUUAUACUUUAUAGAAUAAGAUUGUUGGGAGAGGGUUGAGAACACUACAAAUCAUACUUAAUAUCCACUGCAUACUAUCUUAUCUACUUCCAUAUAAAUACUUAAUUCUAAUAUGAUAUAUAUAUUUGGUGGACAAAUAUUAUAAAAAUAAUCAUUUCAAACAGUAAAUCAAGGGUUUAUGAUUCAGAUAGAGGAAGAAGAAGAAUUUGAUUAAGAUUAAAUAAAAUUUUAACCAAAAUUAUAUUAUUAACUGUAACAUCCCAUUCCACAAUAAGCGCACUUUUUAACACAACCGAUUUACUAUUCUAACAAAAUCAUGUGUCUUUUGAAGGAUGGCUAAAUCAUUAGGUCUUGUUAUGAAAAAAAUAAAUGGAAAUCAUUUUGAUAAUUUGAGGUAUUUAUUUUAUUAAUAAAUAAUAUUUAAAUU